UCUCAACGCCUCUGGGUCAAGGUCGAGUGAACCAGCUCGGUGGAGUUUUCAUCAACGGAAGGCCACUGCCAAAUCAUAUUCGACACAAAAUAGUGGAAAUGGCUCAUCACGGCAUCCGACCCUGUGUGAUCUCCAGACAGCUGCGGGUCUCACACGGCUGCGUGUCCAAAAUCCUCUGUCGCUACCAGGAGACCGGUUCCAUCCGUCCGGGAGCGAUAGGUGGAAGUAAACCGAGGCAAGUAUCAACGCCCGACGUUGAGAAGAGAAUUGAGGAAUACAAACGCGAGAAUCCAGGGAUGUUCAGCUGGGAAAUCCGGGAUAAGUUGCUGAAGGACGGGGUGUGUGACAGAGGCACGGUUCCUUCAGGUGAGGCCUCUUCCGUUAGCUCCAUUAGUCGGGUUUUGAGAGCUCGUUUUGGCAAGAAAGAUGACGAUGACGAAUGUGAUAAAAAAGAUGAAGACGGAGAAAAGAAAACCAAGCACAGCAUCGAUGGGAUUCUCGGGGAUAAAG